GACAUUAAAUUACAAAUAUGGCGGCUUCGGUUCUUCUCUUAGUUUGUUGUUGCUAAUGUUUAUAAAGUUAAUACACAAUUGAUACAUUUUGUUAAAUGAUAUUAUAUUAUUUUUAGAUACAACUAGGUUACCUAAACAAUAAAUUUAAAAAUGAGGUAACAAAUAAAUAGAAUCAUGUUUAAGCAACAACUCUCGCCACGUAGUGUUCACCCUUACCAGACCACUGUAGUGCCUCGGAGUGAACAACAAUUCACCUCAGCAGCACAGCAAAGGGCGAAAUAUCCGUGGGCGGAAGAUAUCAAUGUUCCAGUAUACCAAGUUACUGGAACAGAUAGCUCAACGUCAGAUAAUCCCUAUCAUGUCCCUCAGUAUUAUAAUGGAACUUUAAGAAAUUAUGGACCACCAUCCCCCGUCUAUCAAUCACCCUAUGGUGGUAACACCUGGCGAAAAUAUAAGAAAGGCGAAACAAUACAACAUGCUUCUGAUACAUACACAUUCCCACAAUGUGCAUCUGCAUUUUCCCUUCCAUUGUAUGAUGUUGAGCCACAAACAGCUGUUAGCCGAUCCCCCAUACCGCCAGUGCCAUCAGUGAGCCCAGAAGUGCCUAUAAUAGGGGCUUGUGGAGGACAUUGUCCAGGAUUUGAAUAUGUAUGCUACUAUAUUUUACAGGUAAUUUUUGUAGUAGGUAUAUUGACAGGGAUUUCAUUAUGCAUUGCUGGUAUUGUAUUGAGGCGUACAAACCGAAAUGGAGAUCUUGGAGUCUUAGUUUAUAUUGGAUGCCUCUCAUCUUGUGUAUGUGCUGUAUUGCUUGGUGUACAAUGCUGCGUACGUCGAGAAAUAAAGCAACGUAAAGUUCGGGCUAAUAUGCAUAUACCUAUGCAAUCCAUUCAGGAGCCACCAGCCACAUCUUGCCCUUUAUUGGCGUCCACAUUACCUCAUAGUCAAGUAUACAGACCGACAGUGAAUAUUUGCGCUGAAGAGGACGUCACCGGUGUACCUUGGUGGCGGCGCAUCAACAGAGACUGACUAAUUUUAAGUUUAUUUACACUUAUAUUUAUAACGGAAUUUGUAAUUUGUUUCGUAGAAAUACGGGCAGUAUCAUGAUCUUGUUAUUUUAUAAUAAACAAUGCUUUAUAUUA